CCAUCCUUAAAUACGUUUUUUUUCAUGCUACCAGGUUCCGCUGGUUUUCCUCGUUUCGGAUUGGAGACAGCGUUGGCAAUCUCAGUUGUAGUUGCAGGAACAUCUAUAUUCUAUCCAGGUGGUUAUUGGAUACUGGGCAAAUUUAGGGUGGUUAGAGGCUAGUUAAACUGCCCAAAGUGCUUCCCUCAGCCUUCCAGCCUCGUUUAUCCUGAAAUGUAAUUAAAGCACCUUCCUUAUUAAAAAUUAUUUCUCUUACCAUUGGUUGUUUCACAACCGGUUUUCCUAAUAAGUCUAGAUAGAUGUCUGGUGUUAUCUACCACCGAUGCCUAUUCUGUCUCUUUGGUUUUUGCUCCCUACCACUAUUCAUGUUCGUUACGAAGACUUCCAGUGUAUAUUUGGACACCCACCAAUCAUUCGUUCAAUAUGGGUGGAGCCGUAGCUGUACAUGUGGCGUGUAAACGAACAAUCCCUUCAUUGGCUGGUAUUGUUGUUAUUGAUGUUGUUGAAGGCACUGCUUUGAGCUCUUUACGAGGUAUGACAGCCUUCCUAAGUAGUCGUCCUCAAAGUUUUCGUUCAUUACCCCAAGCAAUUGAAUGGAGUGUUCGAAGCAUGCAAAUUCGUAAUGUAAAUUCAGCUCGUGUAUCUUUCCCUGGACAAUUGAAACGCAUUUCAAGCGGUCAAACUGCCACUAGUGAAUUAGACGAGGGAAUUGCAUUCAUUUCAGAAAAUGUUACUUCUAUGCCUGUAAAUUCAGUGUCAGACAGUCAAGUUUCUUCUGUCAGUCGACUGUCAAGCCAACCAUUAGUUGAAAAUUCUGAAUCUGAUGAAGAGGGAGAUGAAUGUGAGAAUUUUGAAGUUUCUACCGAUGUUACUGGUUCACAAAAUGCAUCAGAACAUAAUCACAAUUCAUCGGAACUUCCUAAACAUGCGAAUAUUGAUGACAGCUUACAAUCAGAAAAACAGAAUCACGCAUCACUUUCAUCCAACAUAUCAAAAGCAACUGGUGGCGAAUCUCAUCAUCCUAUAAAUAAUGAUAAUGAUAGCAGUAAUAAUAAUAAUAACAAUGAUGCCUCUUCCUAUUCUACUCCUUCUCACGCUCCACUGGCUACUUCAUCAGUAUCAUCUCAAUCGAAUCGUUCACAGUAUACCUGGCGUAUAGACUUGAUGAAAACCCAGCCUUUCUGGCAAGAAUGGUUUUCUGGUCUGUCGAAAUUGUUUUUGUCAAUACCUGAGCCAAAAUUACUUUUAUUAGCUGAUGCUGAUCGAUUAGAUAAAGAUCUAAUGAUUGGACAAAUGCAAGGGAAAUUCCAGGUCCAAUUAUUUCCACGUACUGGACAUGCCGUACAGGAGGACGCUCCAGACAAGGUCGCUGAAUGUCUGGCUAGAUUUUUAACUCGUGAAGCAAUUGAAAAAAGUAUCUCAUGCCAAAAAUGA